AUGAGCCAUGGAGCCGUAGAAGAAUGGGGCGCUUCCCAGCCCUUUCUAUUCUCGGUCGGUCCCGAGAAAAAGGAGUUCACCGUCCAUUCUGCGCUGGUGGCGCAGCAGUCGCCGACGCUGGCCGCCCUUGUCAACUACGGCAUGAAGGAGAGCCUAGAGGGCUACGCGUCAUUGCCGCAGCACGACGUCGAGACCUUUGUGCGGUUCAUCGAGUACGCUUACACUGGCGACUUUGAGUCGCCCAUGUUCGACAUAAGCAUCAGGCCCAAGGAGGAUUACGAUGGGGACCUUCUUUCCCAUGCGCCGAGUCCUUUCCAUCUCUCCAAGGCAACCGAGAGAGCCUGGCAGGACAUCGCGUUCAAAAGUUGCCAGUUCAAACUAUACGACGCGCUUGGGUGA